GGAGAACCGAGAGCCCCGUUUCUCGCCAUUGGCGGCUCCGUUCCCCCUCCGCGCACUAGCGCCGGCGCGCGGGUGGUGCUGGGCGGAGGGGAGAUAGAAGAGGAGGGACCGGCUUCUUCGGCGCGCCUGGAGCCGCCAUCUUGGACGGCCAAUCUGCCCGCUCUAGUGCUCUGCGGAGGGGAAAGCGGCGGGGGGCUACCCGCAAUGGAUACCAUGGCAAGCCCAGAAAAGGAUCACUACAGAAUGAAAAGUUAUAAAAACAAUGCCCUCAAUCCCCAAGAGAUGCGGCGACGAAGAGAAGAGGAAGGUAUUCAGCUUCGUAAACAGAAAAGGGAAGAACAAUUAUUUAAACGCAGAAAUGUUGCUCUACUCGGAAAUGAAGAGUCAAUGCAAGAAAGUCCAAUCCAGGAUCCUGAUGUGAGCUCUACGGUGCCUAUUCCUGAGGAAGAUGUCAUUACCUGUGAUAUGGUGCAGAUGGUUUUCUCAGAAGAUCCCGACCAACAACUUGCAGCUACUCAGAGAUUUAGAAAACUGCUUUCUAAAGAACCUAAUCCCCCAAUAGAUGAAGUCAUACAAAAACCAGGAGUUGUGCAGAGAUUUGUGAAAUUUCUAGAAAAGAAUGACAAUUGCACUCUUCAGUUUGAAGCAGCAUGGGCUCUUACAAAUAUAGCAUCUGGGACAUUUCUGCACACCAAAGUGGUAAUCGAGACCGGAGCUGUCCCAAUUUUUAUCAAGUUGCUGAACUCUGAACAUGAAGAUGUCCAGGAACAGGCAGUGUGGGCUCUUGGUAAUAUUGCUGGAGACAAUGCAGAAUGUAGAGAUUACGUGCUAAACUGUGGAAUACUUCCCCCGCUCUUACAACUGCUAACACAUUCAAACAGACUUACAACGACUAGAAAUGCAGUUUGGGCACUUUCAAAUCUCUGUAGAGGCAAGAAUCCACCUCCUGAUUUCAGCAAGGUUCGUCUUUGCUUAGGUGUUUUGUCAAGACUGUUGUUUAGCAGUGACCCAGAUGUAUUAGCAGAUGCUUGCUGGGCCCUCUCUUACCUAUCAGAUGGACCAAACGAUAAAAUCCAAGCAGUUAUUGACUCUGGAGUCUGCCGAAGAUUAGUAGAACUUCUGAUGCACAAUGACUACAAAGUGGUAUCUCCUGCAUUAAGAGCGGUUGGAAAUAUUGUUACUGGCGAUGAUAUUCAAACACAGGUAAUUCUAAAUUGCUCUGCAUUACCCUGUCUCUUACAUUUGCUGAGUAGUCCCAAGGAAUCUAUACGGAAAGAAGCUUGCUGGACAGUUUCUAAUAUAACUGCAGGAAACAGAGGCCAAAUUCAGGCUGUUAUAGAUGCAAAUAUCUUUCCAGUAUUGAUUGAAAUUCUUCAGAAAGCUGAAUUUCGCACUAUAAAAGAAGCAGCAUGGGCCAUUACUAACGCAACAUCAGGAGGGACUCCUCAACAGAUUAGUUAUUUGGUGGCUUUAGGCUGUACCAAGCCUCUCUGUGAUCUUCUGACUGUGAUGGAUUCUAAAAUAGUUCAGGUGGCAUUGAACGGACUUGAAAACAUUCUGCGACAUGGAGAGCAAGAAUCUAAACAAAAUGGGAUUGGGGUUAAUCCUUACUGUGCCCGUAUAGAGGAAGCGUAUGGACUAGAUAAAAUUGAAAUUCUUCAAAGUCAUGAAAACCAGGAGAUCUACCAAAAAGCUUUUGAUCUAAUUGAACAUUACUUUGGUGUGGAAGAAGAGGAUGCCAAUAUUGUACCACCAGUGGAUGAAAAUGAACAGCAGUUUUUGUUCCAGCAGCAGGAAGCUCCAAUGGAGGGAUUCCAGUUGUAACCAUUCAGUUUAAAGGAAAAAUAGUAGCUCAUCAUGAUAGCCUCCAUUUGUGGGCCAAAGUGAGGAAAGGUGGAAAUGUUUUAUUGGAGACAGAUGAAGAAGCAAACUCGUGCAUUUAUGUGUUUUUGUGUCAGACACAAGUAUUGGUUCAUUCGUUUUUAUAUGUGUAUGUUUCCAUUGUCUAACGUGUAGAAAAACCGACUAAUCACAACUGAAAGUUUAAAAUAAGGCUUGAAUAGUGAGCUCAGUAAGACAUUGGAAACUGAUGCUGAGUUUUCAAGCAGUUGUUAAAAAGGCAAAAUUGUGCAUAAACAGCUGUUGAUAUUUUGAAUUUUGGCUGUAGGGUUCACGUGCCCAUUCUACACUAAAUCUACCUCUUUGCAUUGGAGCAAAAAAGAUGUUUCAGAACUGACGUAUAUAUGAGCUCCUAGUAAAAGCUAAGCUUAGAAUGUGAACAUUAUUUAUUUAAAUAGUGGAAAAUAUAGUUUUAUGCGUGAUACUUUGUGAUAAACUGAUGAAAUAUAUUUAUAUUUAAAAGCAUAACACUUACUGGGGUGCACUGCUGGUUACAUGACAUAACCUUACAAUGUAGGAAAAUGGUUUUUCUGCUAUGUGAAAAGGGAUGGUAGCUUUGUAAUUUAUAUAGCCCUUACCUAGCCAUGUCAGCAAAAUUCCCUCUUUUUCUUAUUUGUUCAGUGGUAUUGCAAAUAGGUUUGCCAAGUGUUCAGCUGGCUCCUUCAACAGCAGCUAGAUGGGCAGUGGGAUAAUGUUUGCCUCCAUGCUGUGAAAUGUAUUACCUGCUGAUUUUUGUGUAUCAAGUUGCUGUUAGAAGGCACAAGAGCAGGCUAGGCUGUUUUUGGUCAGUUGGCAACCUGGUUACAAAAUGGUUAAAGAUUAGUUUGCCUUGUAAUGACCUCUGUGUUCUUAUGAGGAUGAGGGAAGAUUUCUCUGUAUAGAAGACUCCACAUUGUAACUUAAAUGCUACCAAAGUGUAUGAAACUGCAAUAUUCUCUUUAUGCUAUAUUUACAAACACUCCAUGUAUUACAUUUGACCCCAAAACACUAAUGCAUCUCAUACGACUUUGGGGAAAGGUUUUUUUAAACACACACACACACACACACACCAAAACAAAACAAAAAAACAGACCGGUCAGAGUAUUUCCGGUUUGCAGCAGUGGUAUACUGGGAGAACAUAUUUUUCAGUUAAUUGAAAUAAAGAUCGGUUUCACUGUAAAUAUUGUGGUAGGUGUUUUGAGUAUGCAAAUUUCUCUGACAAUUUAUGCAAAGUCUUUAAAUGAUAUGAUGCCAGGCAAUUUAAAAAAUAACCUAAAUUCAGACCCAGAGACCAUUUUGUCACUAGGUUUGAAUCUACAUGGGUAGUUAUUUAUUUAUUUAUUUGGUAGCACAAUUAAAGGACUCCGAUUAAUUUUGCUUACCAGAAAUGUAUUGAUCCGUGCGACUCCUCUAACCAACUUGUAUAUAAUUGCAGUUGAUUGCCGUUUUCAUAGUAUUGUGUAAUGUUAAACAAAAGCAAAAAUAGAUGCACUCCAAAAUCUAAGGGGGCUCUUUAUAUUGUCCCUGCAAACAAAUUCAUAUGUUAAAAGUUUCAGUCUUGAUCUUUCCGUCUUCUGUUCCAGUCCUAUGAGCAUGAUCAAUGCAAGGACCUGCCAUUGAGCCAGGCUGCAAAGAGGGUGUUGGGUGGAGACAAAGCAGCUGUGUUGCUUAUGCAUCUUGCAUAGCUAUUGAAAAAUUACCCUUCAGUGGCAGAUGCGUAUUGUGAGGAAUUUCUGCGUGAAGCAGUUCAGAGUACCUGUCGGCCGUUAGGCACUUCAGUAUCUCGCAUACAUAUUGCUCCAUCCCCUGGGAGAAAUUUGCUCUCCAUAGUUGUGAGAACGAAGCGCAGUAACGGAUACAUGCCUGGCCUUCUGUCACAGGUUCACAAUGGCAUUGUAGCAGCAAUAUCUACUUCUAAAGGGUUAUGGAGUCGAAGUUUGCCAGUAGAGGUGUUGUAAUAUUAAUAGUUGUAGCUUAUGUAAAGAUAGUGAGGUACAACUAGGGGGGAAAAUGCAGGAAUGCUUACUGGAAAUCAAAUGUAUUGUGGGGAGAAGAAUUGUGCAGCUAGCUAUGAAUUCUGUUCGUAGCUUUGAACAGGUAACACUUGAUAUAAGGGUGAAUUUCUCCCCCUUUUUAAUAGUUUUAAUUGGAAAUGUUGGUCCUGAGUGUCAUAUGAUUCAUUCCAAAUACAGGUUAAUUAAAGUGGUCAGUAAAAAAGAUAAAUUUAUCAGAAUUGUUCUAGUAUGUUAAAAAACAAAAAUGUUCAGGCUUGACAGGGUAUCCCAUUGUUUUGCUAUAUUACAGAAAUUGCCAGUUGUGCCUGCUCUUAAUUGGAGAAUUCAGUAGAUACUAUCAUCAAAACAUUUACAUCUGAGCCAAACUCAAGACUUUAUGCAAACCGUAGAAGAAAUAGAAAUAUUAGAGACAAAUGAAUUUAAUUUAGUCAUUUGGAAGUAUGUCUCUUGAGUCUAGUCUAUAACAUGAAUUUGGAAACUUCAGAGAAUCAUUGCUGAAGCUGUACGAUUUUACAUGGUUAAUUUGGAUCUUUUAAAUACCAGUAUUUGAUUUAACUUCAAAUUCACUCUUAUGCACGAAACUGAGAAGUCUUGAUGCUUAAUAGAGGGAUGUUGGAGGUGAAGCCUUUUAUCAGAACAGGUGUGAGUGGCAACUUCAGUCUUCUGGAUUUAGUAGUCAAUCCAAAAUGGUUUGGGGGUUUUGAAUUUGUAUAAUUAAACCAUUAUGGUGUUUCCCUGGUGCAUGUUGUGUGAUUCUCACAUAAAUGCCUCAUUUUGACAUGACCUCAGUCUAUGCAACCAUGCCAAGUAUUUAUUUCAGAUACAAAACCAUAUCUGAGUUUUGUUUUGUGUUUGGGUCCCUGCACUUUUAUCAUUGAAUAAUUUAUUCAUUUUGCUCUUACAUUUAUAGUAUUGCCUUUUUAAGAGGGUGGUAAAGAAAUAAUGGGUAUUCAUUCAAUGAUUGGUUUACAUUUAGAAAAUGAUUAUUAGUUGGAUUGUUUAACAGAAAAUAAUUAUUACUUUUACAUUUGAUUCCAGGUUGAUUUAUUUGCUUGAACCUUACUAACUUAUUAACCUUCAAAUUUAUUUGAAAAAAUACAAAUUAUGAAACUGCUACAAAGAUUCACAUCUCCAAUAAGAGUUGUUCUUAGUCAUUAUUGUUACUGUGUUUUUGAACAUUCGUUUGUAAUUUGAUUGAUACUGCAAAUUUAAAGACACACUAGAGGCUCUAACUCAGGCAUCCCCAAACUUCGGCCCUCCAGAUGUUUUGGACUACAAUUCCCAUCUUCCCCGACCACUGGUCCUGUUAGCUAGGGAUCAUGGGAGUUGUAGGCCAAAACAUCUGGGGGGGGCACAGUUUGGGGAUGCCUGUUCUAACUGAACAAACUUACAAAUACGGACAGUAUGCAAUAUUAGGGAAUGUUACUACAGUACUAUAAAUGCUACAAUGCAAAACUAAUAAAGGUAUUUUGCAAAGGCAGUGUGUGUGUUCUGAAUUUAGAACUUGCAGUGUUUCUUCAUAAGUUAUGAUAACUUUUCAGACCAGAAGCGUGUACAAACGUAGACUGCACUGUUAGAAAUCUCUACUGGAAGGCUUGCAGCCAAACCCAAUGCAUUGGUUAUUCAGAAGUAAGUUUAUCUAUAUUUCCUGCCCUCGGUCAUAUGUAGGUAUGUAGAGCCAUUAUAGUUUUAAUUUACUCAGUUUUUAGCUAUACCUCUUGGGAUUGGAAGAAUCAGAUGGGAUAGGAGAAAAUCUUGUACAAUUCCUUAGGACCAAAUCCUAUAAAGUCCUAAUUCUCCAAGUGCCAUCUUGAUUCAAAAUGGCAGGUGGUGUCAAACAUGAAUGAAGAGUGCCACCCCCACCCUGGGAGCCUCAUGCUAGGUUUGGCAACGAUAUCUCAAGAGGCAUCAAGAUGUAUAGGGAACAAA